AUGACCUUUGAAAUUAAUGAAAAUCCUGACCCUGAAAUCAUCAGAGUAUUUAUUGUUAGACAUGGUCAAACAGACCAUAAUGUGCAAAAGAUCUUACAAGGACAUUUAGAUACAGAUAUCAAUGAGACCGGUAAGGAACAAGCAGAGAUCGUUGGUAAAUACCUUUCCAAAAUUCCGUUUGAUUAUUUUGUAUCUUCAGAUCUUAGCAGAUGCCAGCAAACGUUGAUACCAAUUUUAUCCCACCAACAAACAAAGACAGUAAAGUACACACCCAAUUUGAGAGAAAGAGACAUGGGGAAAGUUGAAGGGAUGUAUUUGAAGGAUGCCUUAGAAAAGUAUGGUCCUGGAUUCCGUAAUUUGGGGGAAAAGGAAGAUGCAUUAUGCAAGCGUGUUGAAAAAGAAUGGAAUGAAAUUAUCGAGCAAAAUUACCAUAAUGUUUUGAUUUGUACCCACGGGGGUGUAAUUACUAGAUUUAUUAAUUAUCUACAUAAAGAUUUGGGGUACAAAUUAAACAACAAGUUGACACCAGAUAAUUUGAAGGUCCCAUUCAACACCUCGGUUUCAGUUAUAGAUGUUGAGAAGAAUACCAAAAGGGGAGUUAUUCAAGCUUUCGGAAAUACAUUACACUUGGGAGGAAAUUUCGAAGUCAAAGACCAAUUAUUAAGAUAG